AGUUCAUCCAUGGACAUGGCUGCUAAUCGAAUAUCCUUCGUUGAGGAAGAUAUUGAGGUGAAACCAUCGCCAGAAUUGAUACCAGAUGAAUACGAACACUUUCAAGAAUCAGCCAGCAGAAUAGCAGUUCACAUUUUCGCAGAAAAAGCAGAACACAAUGUUACUCAAUUCUGUGAUGCUCUCAAAAUAUGUGGAAUUCAUGUCAAUGAAGGGAAUAAACACUCAUUGAGAAAACACAACUAUAAGGAAGUAUUGGAUAGAAUAUGUAAUGAUGCCGAUAAUAUUGAUGGAUUGAUAAUUUUGUUCUGCGGAAUUUCUAAUGUCAAUGGAGCAAUAAAAAUGUAUGAUGGUCAAGAAUAUGGAAAUGUCAAUAUGGAAAAUACUUGGUCCAGGUUUUAUUCAUACACUUGCCGAGGACUCAAGAAUAAACCAAAGAUUUUCAUAUUUUCGGUGUCACCCCCAACCUCUACUCAAACUGAUGCCAUAAGAAUAACUUUCGAACAGACAUAUGAUACACCAGCUGAAGCAGAUAUACUUAUAAUAUACAGCAAAACUAGUACAUAUGAUAGCGAAGACUUCAUUGAAAACUUGUGCCAUAACAUCACAGAAUACGGGAAACACGAAGACAUCAUCAGCCUGGUUACUUGUGUGGUUUCUCAAUAUAACCGACCCCUAGUGAUUUCUACUCUUACACGUAAAUUUUAUCUUACGACUAGUGAUGUAAGAGGGCAUCACUUAACCAUUCAGAACAUUCGGUCAGACAUGAUAAAUCAUCUCAAAGAAGUUGAAGAUAUUCUGAAAAGUAAUAUGACAAGCAAAAAUACACCCAGCAAGGAGAAGAAACUAUCUUCUAUUUUCGGAAGUUUCAGACUCAGAAAGAAAAAAGAGAAAAAGGAAGAGAAGAAAGACAACCCUGAAAUAACUACAGUUAUCGCCCAUGAAGAGACACAAUUGGAUACAUCAAAAAUUAUUCAGUCUACUCCCUCUUCUAGGCGUCCAUCUAGAAUUAGAUUGAGUUCACAAACUGAAUUGGAUGGCGUAAUUAACAGCGCUAGGAGACUGAGUGAAAAAGAUAAGAAACCAGUUUGGAGACCAUAA